AUGGAUAUUCAUCGCUGCCGCUUUGUGCCCUACCCUCCUUCUGCCAUAAACGCCCUUGCAUUCUCUCAUCCUUCCUCCCCAACACAUCCAGGCAAAGGACCCCAAAGCCUACGAGUUGCGAUUGGCCGAGCCAACGGCGAUAUCGAGAUCUGGAAUCCACUUAGAGGCUCGUGGUAUCAGGAAAGCAUAUUUCGAGGGGCAAAAGAUCGAAGCAUCGAAGGGCUAGUGUGGACGCAAGACCCAGAAGAUGUGGACAAGAGCGGCAAGAUUAUUGCCGGAAAGCUGAGACUUUUCAGCAUUGGAUAUUCGACAGCAGUGACUGAGUGGGAGCUUGGGACAGGGAGACCCGCACGACACUCGGCAGGCAAUUAUGGGGAGAUCUGGUGUAUGGCAGCGCAGCCCAAAGGCCACCUGCUCAAAACCCCUGGAAAAGCGGUGGAAGACCAGACAAAAGAGGAGGAAUCACAGAUACAAGACCUAGCUGUUGGGUGUGCGGACGGUGCUAUUGUUUUGCUCGAUACAGCGGACGGUGAUCUACGAUUUAAAAGAAUUCUCGCAAGACCACCAAAGAAGAGAUCUCGAGUCUUGAGCCUGACUUUUCAAACCCGCCAUACCAUUAUUGCAGGUCACGCAGAUAGUACCAUACGAAUAUACAAUAUGCGCAAUGGUCAGCAGGUGAGAAACAUGACGCUAGGGCCUGGACCGAAGGGUGGCCCCAAAGAGACUUUGGUCUGGUCCGUGAAAUGUCUACUUGAUGGCACGAUCGUCUCUGGUGACUCCACAGGAACGCUAUGCUUCUGGGAUGGCAAAAAUUAUGCAUUACUGCAGCGCAUCAAAAGCCACGACGCAGACAUCUUGGAUGUUGCGGUGAGCGCAGACGGUCAAUCGGUCUUCAGUGGUGGUAUGGACCGAAGGACCACACUGUAUAGAAGGACGAGCAGUGGACGCCCAGGAGAAGGUCAUCGAUGGGCUAAGAUUGCACAUCAACGGAUGCAUCAGAAUGAUGUCAAAGCCAUGGCUACGUUCGAAACCAAGGGUCUGAGCAUCCUAGUGUCAGGAGGGCUCGACACAAUGCCUAUCAUCGUACCAAUCCAAGAAUUCGGGCGAGAACACCAUCGCACUCUUGCCAGUCUCCCACAAGAACCCAACGUCCGAAGUGCAUCUAAGAAGCGUUUGGUGGUAAAUUGGUGGGAUCGAGAGGUUAGAAUCUGGACAAUUUCGAAACGUUCGAAGAAGCAGACGGACGAAGGAUCAUCUCCAGACGUUAGUGGGCCGCAAGGAAGAAGACUCAUUGCCAAAAUCGCUCUUCAGGGCGAUGAGUCGAUUACAUCAGCAGAUAUAUCAUCAGAUGGGAAGCAUCUUGCAGUCGCGACCAUGGCAGAACUUAGAGUCUUCCAUUUGCGUCUCAGAUCUGGUAUGCUCAAAGUCCAGAAGCUUGAGCAAACUCAGACCUUCGCGGACUUGAGUAAGCGACAAGCCAAGAUGAUACAAUUUUCGCCGGACACAAGAUGGCUAGCAACGAUCGGAGCCGACAACAGUAUUCAGCUUUACAGGAGAUCGGAAAUCAAUGAUGACAAAGUGUCCCCGAUUUUCUUGCAAACAUCAGUUGAGCUGAAGCGGCUACGUCGCGAUACAUCGACCACCAAGGCCAAUGACGCAAGUCUAGGCAGCUAUAACAGAUCGAUAAACCGCCUUACCUUUUCUGCUGACAGUCGAAUCCUGGCAGUCUCAGACAUCUCAGGAUUCCUCGAUACCUGGGUUAUCGAAGGCCACGAGGAUCUUACACAAGGAAAUGACGAGGAACCGAAUCCCGCAGAUGCCGCAGACAAGUUUGACUCAUCCGAUGAGGAAGACAGCGGAGAAGAAGACAGUCGUAUCAUUAUUUUCGGUGAACAUUGGAUUCGAAAUCCAGCCGCCUCACUGCUAGCAAAGCUGCCCGCCGCUCCUCUCGUCCUUUCCUUUCGACCGUCGACCACGCAAGCCACUAGGACUUUAACGAACGGCAAUAUAGGCGUACACCCAACCCGCCAUAAUCCACACCCACACUCUCACGAUAUACCGAAUGGCGAGGACAGACUAUUCAUACUUACGGCAGAAAACCAAAUCUACGAAUUCAACGUCCUAUCGGGCAGGAUAUCAGACUGGUCCCGAAGGAAUCCGACAUCACGCCUACCCCAAGAAUUUCAAGACCUCAGAGACAGAGCAAAGAGCGCUGUGUGGGAUGUGAGAGGUCACAAUGAGAGGAUAUGGGUCUAUGGUGUUUCGUGGCUGUGGAUGUUUGACCUAUCAAGAGACUUGCCCCCUGUGGACUCCGAGCAAAAAGACGUAAAUGUCACAAAUGGAAUCAGCAAGGAGAUUAGCCUCAAGAGAAAGCGCGGGGACAACGAUGAGGAUAGAAGAGCAAGUCGUCCCCGGAUCGACACUGGCGCAGGCAGCAAGAUCCCCAACGCCAAGCUUGGAAUAAGCAUUGGCCGUAAGAUGCGCAAAAUCAACGGAACAGAUGCGGCGGCAGGUCAAUGGAUAAGUCUAGAGGCAGAGCAAGAUCUCCCUUCUGAUGAGGAGGGCGACUACGUUUUAGCCAACGAAUCUGACCAGGCCCUAGUCAAGCUUCGAAGAGGCAGUAUUAACACAGACAGGUACAUGCUCAAUGGCCAUGUCGACGACUCCACGGAUGCAGAUACCUCGGAGAACGAUGACACCCGCAUUGCGAAGAUGAGGGAUGGCAAACGCCUUGCUUACUGGCACACGUAUAAAUACCGACCCAUUCUCGGCAUAGUGCCAUUAGGGAGCGAGACAGGUGACGAAGCAGCGGUGGGCGAAGAGGAUGACGACUCACCGUCAGGCCUAGAAGUUGCAUUAGUAGAGAGGCCAUUGUUCGACUGGGACGUACCACCGCCGUACUUGGGGAAUCGGGAGUGGGAUCCAUAG